AUGAGCCGAAGAAAAUUACGGGUCGUGGAAUACGACAGGGAUUUUAUCAAUUAUGAAGGUGGGUGAUUUUGGGAGUGGGAGCGGGAAAUUUCAAUUUUUGAGGUCAGGAACUUGAAAAUCAUGAAAUUUGGGCUGAAAAUCUGGAAAUUUCAAAUUUUUUAAGGUCUGGGACCAAAAAUUCACUGUAUUUUACCUGCCUAAAGCUAAAGUUGUCAAAUUUUUCAUGUCAAGACCAAAAAACCACUUUUUCACCUACCCAAGCUCAAAAAUCUCGAAAAAGCACGGUAUUCUACCUACCUAAAGCUAAAGUUGUCAAAUUUCCAUGUCAGGACCAAAAAAUCACUAUUUUUCACCUUCCCAAGCUCAAAAAUCCAAUUUUUUCCAGAUAACAAUGAAAUUCGAAGAUUCAUCGCCACAAUCGAGGAAAUCUAUCGAUUAGCCCGAAAACCCGAAAAUUGGCCCGCUGGAUUUUUGGACGAAAAAUCCGAAAAAGUUUGGCGAAAAGAAUUGAACUUGUAUUUCGAGGAAAUUGGAGCGAAUUCGCACUCGAAUUCCACGAAAAUCGAUUUUGUGCUGAAUUUGGCUAUUGAGAAAUUGUAUGAGAAUUCGGAUGAGGCCAGGAAUUUCGGAUUUGCUGAGAUGAAACGAAGAUCGGAAGAAUUGAUGGAGAAACAGAGGGAUUCACAGAAUCCAUUGAAUAGAAUUGAUUGUAAGCAUUUUUGGGGAUUGGGAGGGGAAAUUGUGCGAAAAUUCGGAUUCUCGAUGAUUUUUCCUGAAUUUGGGCCUAAACUUAGGCCUCAAUUCGAGUCUGUAA